CAGCCGCUGCAGCCGCCUGCAUCUCUCUGCCUGUGUGUUUCUGCUGCUAGUCUUUAAGCUGUGUGAGAAUCCUGGGAGUUGGUGAUGUCAGACUGGUGUGGGUCAUUUGAAGGUUAGCAGCCUGGGAAGGGUUCAUGAAAAGUUCACUCGCAUAUAUUAGGCAAUUCAAUCUUUCAUUUUGUGUGACACAAGUAGUAGGAAGUGAGCUGUUCAAAAGCAGAAGGAUCUAUUUGCUUCAGAAGGGGGGACCUGAACACUAGAUGAAAUAAAUGUAGUUAUUUUUGCAGAGUUUGAGAACACUUGUACCCGGAGAGAGGCUGCAGCUGAAAAGCUGUUGCCAAAGCUCACAAGCACCUUCAGGAAUUUAGCUACAUAUCGCCUGGAGCUGACAGCUUGGAUUUCUUCGUUACCCCCCCUGCUUUGCUACAAUGUCUGUGAAGCUUGGAAAAUAGUAAAUGAUCAUUUGGAUCAAUUACAGGCUUUUAGCUGUGUUGUCUGUCAUAAUUCAUGAUUCUGGUCUGGGAAAAAGACCAACAGCCUACGUGCCAAAAAAAGGGGGCAGAGUUUGAUGGAGUUGGGUGUACUUUUAUAUGCCAUUUUGCUCCGCACCUAAAGGAUAAGCACUUUUCAUACAUUCUGUAUAGGGGGAAUCAUGUUUGACUGUAUGGAUGUACUGGCAGUGAGUCCUGGGCAAAUGCUGGAUUUCUAUACUGCAAGCCCGUCUUCUUGCAUGCUACAGGAAAAAGCUUUGAAAGCAUGCUUCACCGGAUUGGCACAAACCGAAUGGCAACACCACCGGCACAGUGCUCAAUCCAUCGAAACGCAGAGCACCAGUUCAGAAGAGCUGGUACCCAGUCCUCCCUCUCCUCCUCCACCACCUCGAGUUUACAAGCCCUGUUUUGUGUGUCAGGACAAGUCCUCGGGAUAUCACUAUGGAGUCAGUGCAUGCGAGGGAUGCAAGGGCUUCUUCCGCCGGAGUAUUCAGAAGAACAUGAUUUACACUUGUCACAGAGAAAAGAACUGUGUUAUAAAUAAAGUUACAAGAAAUCGCUGCCAGUACUGCAGACUACAGAGGUGCUUUGAAGUGGGAAUGUCUAAAGAAUCUGUCAGAAAUGAUAGGAACAAAAAGAAGAAAGAACCUGUGAAACAAGACUGCAGUGAAAACUAUGAAAUGACAGCAGAGCUUGAUGACCUUGCAGAGAAGAUCAGAAAAGCUCAUCAAGAAACCUUCCCUUCUCUAUGUCAGCUGGGUAAAUACACUACGAAUUCAAGUGCUGAUCAUCGUGUGCGACUUGACCUUGGGCUUUGGGACAAAUUUAGUGAACUUGCUACAAAGUGCAUUAUUAAAAUAGUAGAAUUUGCAAAGCGGUUACCAGGAUUCACCAGCCUGACAAUUGCAGAUCAGAUCACUUUACUUAAAGCAGCAUGUCUGGAUAUUUUGAUCCUUCGAAUUUGCACACGGUACACCCCUGAGCAAGACACUAUGACUUUCUCUGACGGCCUCACUCUCAACCGAACUCAGAUGCACAAUGCUGGAUUUGGUCCUCUUACUGACCUGGUGUUCACAUUUGCCAAUCAGCUCUUGCCCUUGGAAAUGGAUGACACAGAAACUGGCCUGCUCAGUGCCAUCUGCUUAAUAUGUGAAGAUCGUCAGGAUCUGGAAGAGCCAGCAAAAGUAGAUAAACUGCAAGAACCACUACUAGAAGCGCUAAAAAUCUACAUAAGGAAAAGAAGACCCAACAAGCCACACAUGUUCCCAAAGAUUUUAAUGAAAAUAACAGAUCUCCGCAGCAUAAGCGCAAAAGGUGCAGAACGCGUUAUAACACUAAAGCUGGAAAUUCCCGGAUCGAUGCCACCACUUAUUAAGGAAAUGUUGGAAAACUCAGAGGGGCACGAGACAACAGCCUCAAGCCCAAAAGAGGAUGAAGCAGAGCACAGUCACAGCAUCUCACCAAGCUCAGACGACGACCGCGUCAGUAACUGCGCGCAGGUGCAAUAAGACAUUUCCCACCACUUCAGACAUUCCCAACAAAAUAUGCACACAGGAAUGACUAGCAAAAACUAUAAACAUUUUCCUGCUGCUGACAUUUCAAAUUCAAGAAUUCUAUAUAUAAAAAAAAAAAAAACGGAAAAAAAAAAAAGUUGGUUCUCAUUUAUAUAAAACCUAUAUACUUUUACUGUUUACAUUCUUAACUAUGCUGUACUCUUACAGUUAGGUAAAGGAAAAAAAAAUAAAGAGACAAUGGAAUAACUGAACACUAAAGCAGCCAUUUUACAGAACAGGAAAUAAAAGUCUAUUUUCUUUUCCAAUCAACAAUGCAUGAUCUCUGAAGAAUGUUCUGAAACAACUUUUCUGGGGAAUUUGUACAGCAAAAAUAUAUAUAUAUAUAUAUACUUUUCUGUUCUCUGAUGGAUGGAAGUCUGGUGCUUUCCUUCUGUCUUGUGUACAUAACAUUAUCAAGGCAACAAGGUAACAAAAAAAUGGACUGUUGUACAUGUCCAGAUGAGAAAAAGACUUUCAAUUAAUUCUAAUGAAAUCUCUCUACAUGCCCUCAGCUACAUUGUUUAUUCUAUCUACUUACCCUACGUGUGAGAAAAGUUAUGUCACUACAUUAUCUGAAGACUGUUUUGUAUCAGUAACUGCCUGUUCAGAUAGUCAUAAUUUCAUUGUAGAAUUGUCAAUGUCACUUUAAAAAGAAAAAAAAAAAUGGAGAAAAAAAAAGCAGAUGUGAGUUUGGUGGAUAAUGUAUACAGGUGCAUUACUGCAGUAAUGAUAGCCUCAAAGGCACUUCCCAGUGUUAUGUUUUAUGUUUACUUAUUCACAAGCCAUUAGAGACAUGUUUGUGUGUGGUUCACUACUUAUGAGUGGGAGUAGCAUAAAAAUCCCCUCAGUUCCCCUUGGUACCCCCCCAAAGAAUACACAUAUUAUGCACAGUAACCUGUGGUCUGUAAAUUUGGUGGAAGAUUUGAUGUUGGAAGGAACACUACAGCAUUACAGAGCAAUGCAAUGAUUCUUCUCAUUCCCAAAUCACUGCAAAUAAUGCCAACAUGAACUGUGCAUGAAGGAGGAAAUCUAAACAAAAUAAUUUGUAAAUAAAGGGACAGUCUACACCUUAGUCAUCUUAAAGGUCCAGUCAACACAGUAGAUUUGCAUUAUCAACAAAUGCAAGAUAACAAGACAAUGCAAUAGCACAUAGUCUGAACUUCAAAUGAGUAGUAGAUUUUUUUUUCUGACAAUUUUAAAAGUUGUCUUUUUCCACUCCCCCUGUACCAUGUGACAGCCAUCAGCCAAUCACAAAUACAUACACGUACCAUGUGACAGCCAUUCACAAAUGCAUACACACUUAUUCUUGCACAUGCUCAGUAGGAGCUGGUGACUCAAGUUUAAAUAUAAAAAGAUUGUGCACAUUUUGUUAAUGGAAGUAAAUUUGAAAGUUGUUUAAAAUGAAAGUUUAAUUUUGAUUGAGUGGCCCUUUAAAGUCUUACAUAAAAUUAAAGUGAAAGUAAACUUUGAUGAAAU